GAUCGCUCUCGAACCGGUCGCUAUCGACCAGCAUGCAGAACCUCCAUACCCACAGCACAAGGUCGAGUUACUCCUCAGGAAGAACGGCGCAGGGACAGGAUAUCUUGAUAUCGGCCCUGAAACGGCAGGCGUCCUUGACAGAGCGAGACAUGUCCUCGGCCGCCUAUCUCUCUCACCACGAUCAACUCAGUAACCUUGCAGCCGAGGUGGCCGCCUCGCACUAUGCACAGCGCACAACCACACCACCGCCACAUAUCUUUCCCAACUACGAGCCCGAAGUCACAAAGACACAGGAUCAACAGCAACAGCAACAGCAACAGCGGCUCAAGAAUAGCGGAGGAACGUUCCGCCAGAAGCGUCUUGCCAGUUUGCAGGUCGGCAGUCCGGUUCUGAACAACGAUCGCCAGGACUUUAAUGACGGAUAUACGAUCCUGAAGAAGGGUCCGCCGGCGGUUUCGGAUCAUAUACCCAGCAUUCAUGAUGAACCGCUUUCGACGACGCCCCCUGGAUCUCAAUUAUAUCAUUCCGGUCAGAAUCCUGGAUCAGCAGGCAACCGGAUCAGUACGCCUGCAGUCAUGAUGAGCAAGAUCAAGUACGACUGGGCGCUUUCGCCAACGUUGCCCGAAAUCCCUGUGGUAUCUCGAUUCGGAUUUGGACCGCUGGAUAAUAUCGAGGGUCCUGGACUGGGUCUGGAGCCUGUACAGAUUGCAGAGGGACAUCCGAUAUCGGAGCCGCCAACGCCGUUUUUAUCGGAGCAAAAUCCGUCGUUGACCACGACGACUGUCAAGAUGAUGGGAGCUGAUAACAUUGAGCGAAGGAGCGCGGCGCCGGUGUUGAUGAACGGAGAUGUCUUGAAGGUGCCAUCUUUAGGACCGCUGGGUGGGUCGUUAAGUGCGCCUGCGGUUCCGACAGAGGCUGAUUUCAAAGAGGGCGACAAGUCUAUGUCGACGAGGAGGGAUGCUUAAUGUUUGGCGGAUGGAGAAAAUCGUGAGGGGGGCAAUAUGUCUUGUCGCGUAUAUUUCUUCUUUCUUUCGUUCUUGCUUGUUUUUUCAUACCACUGUGUAUAUAUUCCCCUUUCUAUUUCCCCCCCCCCC